GCUCGAGCUGUACGGUUUGGUUUUUUGCUUCAUUCGCCAAGUUGAGUUUUGUUAUUUGGCCGCGUUGGUUUCACACUCCUCCGAAAAAAGACUCUGCGACUCAAAACCAAAACCAAGACGAAGACCAAGACGUCGUUUCAAAUUGAGAUUCUUUUGUGCUCUUCUUUAGUGUCUGUGUAUUAGUGUGUGUUUGUGUGUCUGUCAUCGUUGCUGUCGUCUCAGUUACGUGUUUCAAGCCCAAAGUGUUGUUGUGUGAAGAAAGCAAAUUAAAUUUGUAUACAUAAAAAAUACACAAAAAAAAAAAACAAAAUAAAAGAACGUUAAACAUAAACGUUGCUGGCUGCUCCCUCGAAAGUACAGCAAACCAAUAAACAAAACCAACCGCAACUUUAAGACCAACACACACAGUUUAAAAAUGGAAUACCGGUGCUUAAGUAGAAGUUCUGUCAAACACCUAACUGCACUCUGCGUCAUCAGCAUUGCACUCACAUGCGCUAAUGCGGCGCUGUGGCCCAGCUUCAGCAGCAGCAGCGACAGCAGCAGCAUCGAUGAUGCGCCGCCUAGCAAAUGCGCCGGUGCUCGUGGACUUAAAUAUUUGUCCGGUGAUGCGUUGACAGAUUCUCCAGACUGUUUGGGUCCCAAUAAUGCGCCAUAUCCCAGUGCGGCUGUUGCGCGUACAUUCUCCAAUUGGAACGGAAAUUCGCGACGUGGACGUCAAAGCAAAUUGCCCAGCACAUUGGAUCCAGCAAUAACCACGAGUGCAUUGUUGAGGGCCUACGAUGAGGUGAACAAUGAGGCUAUCGGAAGCAAUCGUUAUGGUCGUUCUCUGAAGAAUUCUUCGCCUGCGCAACAAUGUAAGAGCGAUACUCCGGCGAGACUUUGCAAAACACGUUACAAUACCACUGCGCCUAUGUAUGGUGUUAGUUUAACCUCUGGUCAACCCGUGACCAUUGUGCAAAAGUUCCCUGAUCUGCUGCAACAGGUUGUCUUCGAGGUCUGCGAGUCCUCUGAAUGUGAUGUGGUACGUGGCGAGUGCACACAAACGUAUGUGCCCUAUUUGUUCCUAGUUAUUCCACUGGGUCCAGUAACGCUAACAGGUCAGGAUUAUGUCCUCGUCGAAAGCGGUUGCGUCUGCAAGCCCAAGUACUCGACGGGAGCCGCUCAGGAGCCCAACAUGAUACCAUAGGUGAAUCGAUUGGUGUGGUAACACUGGUAACACAACAGCAACCAAAAGAACUGAGCGCGUUUGCGAGGUGGAGCAUCUAAAUUUACACAUUUACAUGAGGAAUUAUUUUUUGUAGCGAAAUCAAAUUUUAAAUGUUAUUUAAUCUUUUUUAAAUUCUCCCUCUCCACAUGUUGGGGUUUACACAAUGAAUUUACUUUAUGUGGCUUUUGUUGUUCUCUUGUAACAAAAUCUACAUUAAGUGAGCUCAUCUUGAAAAUCCCAACCAUAUUUUCCUAUAAUCUGUAAAAAUGAAAUUUUGCUCGAAAAAUAAUGCUAUAAUUAAGCUAAAAUUUAAAA